GGUAUAUCAGCUUUGCAAAAGGGGAAAUUUGACUGGGGUUUCUUCAACAACACUUUCCUCCUCCCAAUUCCGAGUAAUUUAACCAAAUCAAAUGAAGAAAUCCCAGAAAUUUUACCUUUAAUCGCAGAUCUAUUGUUCGAAUUCAUCAGUAAAGAUACAAAAAAAAUUCAUCAUCAUUUUGGAGGGAAGAAUUUGAAAGAUGUGGGUGUUUUAUUUGAUCUCGCUGCCAUUAACCCUAGGUAUGGUGGUUUUGACUGUCAAGUACUUCUCUGGUCCAGACGUGCCUCGAUACGUGUUCUUCACGGUGGGAUACACUUGGUUUUGCUCGAUUGCCGUGAUCGUUCUUGUCCCCGCCGACAUUUGGACGACUAUAGUUGGUAAUGGUAGUGGUAAUGCGGCCAUCUCUUUCUUUUGGAGUUGGUCAUAUUGGAGUACCUUUCUACUGACAUGGCUAGCUGUGCCUCUCAUACAGGGUUAUGAAGAUGCUGGGGACUUUAAUAUGAUAGAAAGGCUGAAGACUAGCAUACAUGUAAACUUAAUCUUCUAUGUAAUCGUGGGAUCCAUUGGUCUUUUGGGGCUUAUUCUCGUCAUUACUAUGCACAAAGAUUGGCUUGAUGGAAGAGGUAUAUUGGGUUGGGCAAUGGCAUGCUCAAACACAUUUGGACUUGUGACUGGUGCAUUUCUUCUUGGUUUUGGGUUGAGUGAGAUUCCAAGAACUAUUUGGAGAAAUGCUGACUGGACAGCCCGUCACAAGUUUCUCUCACACAAAAUAGCCAAAACAGCUUUAAAACUUGACGAUGCACAUAAAGAGUUAUCAAAUGCAAUUGUGGUUGCUCAGGCUACUUCAAAACAAAUGACCAAGCGUGAUCCGCUAAGACCUUGUAUGGAUGUUAUUGACAAUAUGUUAGUGCAGAUGUUCAAGGAAGAUCCUUCCUUCAAGCCACAGGGGGGUCAGCUGGGAGAAAAUGACAUGGACUAUGAUACUGAUGAGAAAUCAAUGGCUACACUUAGACGCCAUCUUCGGGCAGCACGCGAAGAGUAUUACCGAUGCAAAAGUGAGUACCUGAGUUAUGUAACGGAGGCUCUUGAGUUAGAGGACACAAUAAAGAAUUAUGAAAGGCGCAGUAUGACUGGAUGGAAGUUUAUCUCAAGCUUCAGAAUGGAACGCACUGGUAAAAUUGGGUCCUUUCUCGACAUGGCCGAACUCAUAUGGCGUUGUAUCUUACGGAAGCAAUUGGAAAGAAUUUUGGCUGUCAUUCUUGGUUGCAUGUCAGUUUCCAUACUACUGGCUGAGGCUACUAUGCUAGCUAGUGGAGUUGAUUUGUCUCUAUUUUCUCUUCUUAUAAAAUAUGUGGGAGAUCAAGAGGUUCUGGUGCAGGUCUUUGCAUUUGUUCCCCUGAUGUACAUGUGUCUUUGCACAUAUUACUCAUUGUUCAAAGUUGGAAGGCUAAUGUUUUACUCAUUGACACCCAGACAAACGAGUGCUGUUAGCUUGUUAAUGAUAUGCUCGUUGGUAGCUCGCUAUGCGCCUCCAAUUUCAUAUAAUUUUCUUAAUCUCAUCAGUCUCGGGAAGGGCAAGACAACAUUUUUUGAGCGGCGGAUGGGAACAAUUGAUGAUGCUGUACCUUUCUUUGGGACUGGAUUUAACGAAGUAUACCCUCUUAUUAUGGUUAUCUAUACUAUUUUGGUCGCAAGCAACUUCUUUGACCGGAUCAUCAGCUUCUUUGGAAAUUGGAAGAUUUUUAGACUUCUUGUAAAAGAAUCGGAUGAUGUGGAUGGGUUCGAUCCAUCUGGUUUGCUUAUACUGCAGAAAGAAAGAACCUGGCUUGAACAAGGACGAACAGUUGGUGAACAUGUUAUUCCAUUGGCUCGAAAUUUUAAUGACUCGAGCUUGGAUCUUGAAAUUGGCAGCCAUAACAACGACCAUACUCUUGAAUUGAAGGCGACAUCCGAGUUCAGCAAGGAGGGAAGUUCAUCAAGGACGCCAAGGAAAAAUGAAACACAGAAAUAUUCUGGCAGCAAAGAAGCAAUAAGCACCAAGUAUGCUGCCUUGAGAGAACAAAGCAAAUCGGGUUCCAGCAACAACCCAGUCGAGAGUAUCACCUCUGCGAAAGUCUCGUUGCUCGACCCUGUCAACUCUCAGCCUUCUAACAACAGCGUUCCUUCUGGUUUAGCUACAAAGUGGGCGUCCAUGAAACAGGGCUUUCAAAAUUUCAAGGCCAACAUAGAAGCUAAAAAGUUUAUGCCUCUGCGUCAGUCACAAGAACCAAGCCAUAUGAUGUUAUCCCGCAAUUCGUCCUCCUCUGAUAACCUAGACGAGAUAUUUCAGAGAUUGAAACGGCCCGCUGAAGAUGGAGUUCGGUCCAAUGAUGAUGAUGAUGAUGAUGAUGACCAUGAAAUCGAACCAUCAAGGCCCAAUAGGUAACGCGCUCCACUACAUGGCUCUCGGCAUUGUUAUAAAUAUACCAUAUACAACACAAGCAAGGCCAACGAAAUGUACAGAUACUUUGAAAGGGGUUCGUAACCCAUUUUUGGCAGUAUUAUUGUUGCAACAAGCCCCAAAAAAUUCUUAAUGUACCACUAAUGUUGUAUGUCACGUUACAUUGUUGGUUUAAUCAAUAGUCUCUGAUGUUUUUUUUUA